UUGACAAUUUGACCACAACCUAGGUUUUGUAAAGUCUCAGGGCGACACGGUGGUGCAGUUCUUUGCGCUGUCGCCUAAAGGAAGAAGGUUCUCGGUCUCAAAACACUGUUUGAACCACCCAGUGUGGAGUAUGCCAGUUCACCGAGUGUCUGCUGGGGGUUCUCUCCUCGGGUUCUCCGACUUCCUCCCACAGUCCAGACACAUGCAGAUUGGGGUAUUAGGUUGAUUGGAGACUCUAAAUUGACCAUAGGUUGGUUGUCUCUGAAUGUCGGCCCUGUGAUAGGUUUGGCGAGCUGUCCAGGGCGAACAACGCCUCUCGACCGUUGAAGGAUGAAGCCAUAUAGAUGAUGGAUGGAUGAAAAGCAUCAGAGCUGUUGGCAGAUUCCAUCUCCUCUGUUGCUCCUGAUGUUACAGGCAGUUUUCAUUGACGGGGCAAACUCCUGAGAUCUCAAUCAUUACAUACAAAAUGAACGUGGUGUGAUUCAAGGUAUAACUCAGGGGAUUUUUUUAUCAAUAACAAUAUUCGUUCUUUUUUGAUUUCAUGUGUGAAAGUUGGAAAAUAAUUAUCAUGGACAGAAAUUCCACAGAUACUUAACGCCUGUUUACCGGAGAGACAGUUGAAUCAACUUUGAGGAAAAAUUGAAAAUUCUGCCCAGCAGCAUCCUGUGUCCUGGUUUCUCAGGGAAUAUUUGGAUAGAUUAGCAUCUUCUUAACCUCAGUAUUUUAAUCUCAUGUUUUCACAUUCAAAUGCUUCUCAGCAAAUAUUUGGGUUUCCAUGAAAUGAUCUAUUAUUUCAGAGAGAAUUACUUAAUUAAUUAUUUGUUUGAAAUGCACUGGGAAAACGACAUGGUUCAGCUCCCGAGGGAAUCAUCACCCUGGGUUCUAACUGUGGCCUGAGAAAGUGGCAAAUUCUCGUCCAAUGAGCUCCUGAGUUUUAAUGUAACACUUGCUAAGCUUUGAACAGUGAAAUCAACAUGUAUUCAGGGCAUCAGAAGUGAACAUUUAAGAGUCAGAGAUCAGACGACCAGACGGAGGUGGAACGAGGAACAACACCAACACGUCUGAGUUGAUAUUCCAGUUGUGAAGAGCUGUGACAAUCUGAGAUCGGAGCCAUGCUUCCUGUUGUAACCGCCGUCCUGUUGGUGGUCCUGAUGUUCAUGAAGAACUCUGCAGCCGGAGAAAAUGAGGAGCAAGAAUGCCAGGAGCAUUUUAGUCUUGUACCAUGUGGUUCUGGAUGGUACCGGCUGGACAGCAGUCGCUGUGUGUUGAACGCUCCGACUGCGGAAACGUAUGACGAUGCAGAGAUGUUCUGCCAAAAUCAAGGUGCUAAUUUGGUGUCAUUCAGGGGAAGAGACGACCUUAUCCAAGUGCUGUGUCAGUGGUUCAUUGAAAAAAAUGAAAGGGUUCCUCACUGGCUCGGAGCCAGAAAACAAGAGGGUGAAUUUCAAUGGGCUGACGGAAGUGGACGAGUGAGCGAUGGAGGCCGUCGCAACUUCCUGAAUGAACAGGCUGAGGACUGUGCAGAAAUCACCAUCUAUGGUUUGUGGAAAGGCAUAUCAUGUUCAGCAACAAGGAACUUUGUCUGUCAGAAGACGGGGUGAUCGUUGUCUCCAGCUGAUGAGCCUGCUUCACUGUAACCUCUGUGAAUGCAACCUUUAAUAUUUACUGUAAUAACUGUUUAGCAUCAGCAAACAUGGAUUUUUUCAUUUCUGUAUGUGUCCAGCAGAAUGACAGUUGUAGCCAUUGUACACGUACUGCAGACUGAGCCUGACAUACAGUAUAAUUACCUGAUUAGUUUCAUCUGGUUUCAUAGAUACAUACAGCUGGGUGUCGUCUGCAUAGCAAAGUAAAUCCAUGUGGUGCUUUCAGCUUUGGUUAGUUUUAUAAUGUCUCUAAUAACAGCAGGACAGAGACGACAGAACUGUGUUUAGUGUAGAUAUUGAUAAAGCAGAGGAACCAAGUCCUGCUGAAUUUAGGUAAAUUGUCAUUGUCUGUACUUUCUAUCCUGUUGUAAGAAACAGAGAUUUAACCGUGGUCCAUAAACUCUACACAUUCACCAAGCUGCUGAUAAAAUUCCCAAUUCAUAACCCAGGUGUAAUGUGACAAAAUCAACAGAAACCUGGUUAAUAACAGCAGCUCUGCUGUGUGUUUGGAUAUAAUGACAUUUAAAAUGAAUGAUCACAGUGAUACUUUAAGGUUGUUGGACAUUGUUCAGUUCAAUACAAUUCAAUUUUAUUUGUAUAGCGCCAAAUCACAACAUACAUUUUCUCAAGGCACUUAGUGGCACAUAGUGAGGUAUAUUACAAUUACAACAUUACAGACAAAAACCCAACAAAUCCAAGUUAAAGGUCAGUUGUCCUCGUACAAACUGAAACACUGAGCUGGAGUUUUAACAUCUUCACAAUCUGGAGGUCGUUUUCACUGUUCACAGUUUGAUUCUGGCUCCGAUCCCGUGUUUGAUUGGAUGGCAACUAGACACAUCAAUUUGUCCAUUUUUAUAGCAGUUUUUAAUUCUAGUCGCAGACAUUUUACUAGUUUCUGAUGUUGAAAUAUUACAUUUUAAAUGUAAAAGUUCUAAAGAAAACAUUGAGGUUCUGAGCGAGGUAAAACAUCCUUGUAAAUAAAAUUGAAUUGAAUCUUACAGAGCUGACGGGACGUUAUUUUAAAUAAUUUAUUUACUUUACUGAAAGAAGCGGUUGAUGAAUAAACGAGGUGAGUUACA